UCGUGAGAGACGUGCGACGGAUCGACGCUCACUCUUCAAUGUACUGUUUGCUAGUGCGGACGUUGAUAUCUGAAUUAAUACCUACAGCAGCAAGACUGCAGAACUUUUGCGAAAGUUAAAUUCUUCAAUCAGAUGUCGCGUACAAGUGGAAAUUUGUGAUUAUAUUAAAUUAAUUACUCGCAUUUAAAUAUAGAAUAUGUAAUUUUUUCGGAAGCAGAUUAAGAAUAAAAAACGAUUGGUUUAAUAAUUAGACAUUGAAGACAUUAAAUAAGAUAUAGAAAUGGAAGAAACGGUGGCACUGAUUAAGUCAUGCAUAAUUUCAAAGAAAGGCGGCGUAGCGAUGGAAGAUUUAAACGAUGAAUUUGAAAUUCUCGUCGGAGAAUCUAUUCCUUAUCGUAGAUUGGGAUUUGCGAGUCUGCGUGCGCUUUUGCGAACUAUAGAUGGUUUGGAGAUAACUUGGAAUAAUUUUGGCGAACAAGUGCUUAAAAUAAAUGAUUCUAAAAUCUCUCAUAUCAAUAGACUUAUUCGCAAGCAAAAAUUGGAUUAUUCCAAGACAAGAGACAAGUAUUAUAAACAAUUUAUACGAAAUGAUGGCAAUAUUAAAAAUAAUAUUGAUGAACGUAGAGAAAGAAACAGAUUAAUUUCGAAUAACAAUCGUGCCAAUAGACGAAAUCUUGAUUUUGCUUGUCGUCGUAAUCCAAAUUUAUACAAAACCAACGGCGUUAACAAAAAUAAAAACUUUUUGUACGGAGAAGAAGAAAAUCACUAUCCAGUAGUAAUAGAAACUAAUGAAGUGAAAAAACAUAGCAACGUAUAUGAACCUGUUGCAAACGGUCGACAAUUAAUUGGCGACGAUUUUUUUUUACAACUUGCAAUACGAAAUCUUCAUCUACCUAUCUGGAGAUGUAAGAAAGAUAGUUUAGCAUUGCAUUGUGGAUUAUGUGUCUCCGGACAGACUAUUAGCGAUUGUACUCGUGCUUUGAAGAAUAUUACUACCAUUUCGAAUCGUGUUGUGAUUUUGCUUGGCUCAGUUGAUGUUUACAACAACGCUACUUGCGACGAGAUGAUACGUGAUAUGACGGAACUCUUGCAAGUUCUCCGGUCCAAAUUUCAUCUUUCAAACACGGCCAUUACUAUCUGCACUCUUCCACCUUUGGCCAAUCUCGGCAUUCACGCUUAUAAGACACAAAACUUGGCGCUUCUUUCCUUCAAUAAUUGGAUAAGAUCUUUGGCAGAUGAUCCGGCCAAACGAGAUUCCUCUUUUGUCAACUAUUCCGUGAUAGAUUUGUACCAACAGUACUGUGGUGAAAAUUUCAUCACAAACUAUGACUUAUUUCAAAUUCAAGCGCGUAGAGUGUCCGGCACUAAACAUUCCUAUGUGCUGUGGAAUCUCCAAGGACGGCAACAUGCUAUGAGUCUCAUCUAUGAAGACGAAAACAUCAUAAAUCCACCCGGAAGUCCCAGUUCAUUGUCGGUACAAUAAGUUCCAUUAAGAUUUUCUUUUUUAUGCAUAUAACGCCGUAUAGAAAAAGAAGCAGAACGGUACACUUGGAUAGCCUUAUUUGCUGAAAUCGGCGAAGAACGCUUUUUCUAGGAUUUUUUCAAGUGUAUCUUCCCGCUUCUCUCGUAGCCUAAGUAUCGCAAACAAGUCGAGACCAUACUUAUGUUCACGCUUAUCCCAUACUCAAUUUCGCUUGUCCGCCUUUCAAGGACAUGUCCGUUAAUUUAUUGACUUUAAAUUUGUACAAAGUAUUAAAAUCAAUGUAUUCUAUACGAAACUUAAAAUUUUUUAAACUCAAGUUUAAAUAGCAAUUAAUAUUAAAAUAUUAGGAAAUUAUAAAUUUCUCUAUUCUAAAUGUUACACCUAUUACAGAUUUUGACAGAAGUCAGUUAAUUUCAAUGUUAAAUUAACUUCAAAUGUCUCCUAUUUACAAUUUAGAGUAUUUAGACUUUUGCUUCACAGCACUGGAACAGAUUACAACGAUACAAGCUCGUAAUGAAGUAUAUUGAAAAGUAUAGUGCAUUUUUACAAUUAAAA